GGUUGGAAUGUUUUGUAACAGCUGUAGCAGACGCCCUUUUUUUUUGUCUGUCUACACGAACUAGGUUGUGCGGAAGCUGCUGGAGUUUUUCUGUAAAACAAAACUGGGGAAUUUGCACCAAACUGGGGAAUGAUGCAACAACUGAGCAUUGCUAUGCUGAUUAAUCUGCUCCAACUGUCUGUAUCUGUACGGAAUGGUCACAGCUUCAUAACAAUCCCAUGCCAAGCAAAACGGGAAUCAGACGUUCAGUACAGGAGAAUCAGCUGGUACAAGGUGGAAGUGGGGUCUGAAGUAUUAACUGGCCUUGUAACAAAAAACCUGCAUACACAUGAAACGGUCCUGUAUAAAUUUGCUAACCAGUCCUAUACAGUAAAGGAUGAUUACUCUUUGUUGCUCCUGGAAGCUGAGAAGAGAGACUGUGGCCAUUACCGCUGCACCCUGUGGCCUCCUCUGGGUCAUUACAUUCAGAAUGGUGACUACGAGUACUAUCCACUAGAGAAAGAAAAUAAAGCUGCUAGAAUGGCCCAGCCAAUUGCCUGACUUGAAUCCAAUUGAACCGAAGAUCAGAGUUCAUAGAAGAGGCCCAUGGAACCUUCAAGAUUUAAAGACUGUUUGUGUGGAAGAAUGUGCCAAAAUCACACACUUAGAUUGCUCCAGACCUCAUCAGCAAACUAAGACCAUCCCAGAUGAGAAGACCAAGACCCAGAGUUUGUUUAAUGUUCCUGUAAUUCUUGCAGUCUCAGUUUUGCUUGCUGUUGGUAAUAUUGGGAUUGUUUACAUCAGCUGUAAAAAGAUAAUGCAGAAUAAAAAGGCAAAGCAGGAUAUGGAAUAUAUGUAAUAGUGUGAUAAAGAAACUUUUAACUUUAAAGAAAGUUUUAAAGUUUUAACUUUAAAGAAACUUUAAAGAAAGGUUUAAUUCUUCUUAUUUGUUUUUAUUCACCUAUCAACCAUGUAGAUUUGAAGUCCUUAUAUAUGCCUUCUAUUGUGUGUUAUUUAUGUCUAUAAAAUUGAUUAAAUUAAUUUUUAUGAUUCAUUAUUAUUAUCAUCUGAACAUUUUCUGUAAUUAAAGUGCUAUUGCAGUGUAACAGCUUUCAAGUUUGAUGCAUAAGACCGAAACCACUGUGAUGGAAAACAAGAUCUAGCUGUUUACAUGUUUUUGCUCUUUUUCUUUCCACUAUACUGUUAAUUUCUUUAAAAAAAAAAAUUUAGCUAUUUCCAUUUCUUAUACAAAAACACCCACAUUGCUCCGAAGUACUUAAAACAUCAAAGUGCUGUAGAGUUUCCUCUCUACCUCAUACGCAAAUGCAGAUGCUCACUUCCUCACAUGAUGUAUGAUCUGAAUAUGACGAACUAGAACGAACGUUUGGUGGGAUAUGAAGAAUUGCACACUUUGUAGACUAAUGGCCUUGGGCCUAGCCUUAUGUACAGCUAUGUGUUACAACAGUGAUGAAACAAGCAUCACAAUCCAUUCAGAGUACAACACGGAUGCCAUCCUGCCCUGUACUGCACUGUCUUACAGUAAACAUUACACGUCCAUCACCUGGUACAAGCAAUUACCAAACGAAGAAGGCAUUAUAAGAAAUUCAAGGCGGCAAAACACAACUCAGCUAUAUAAGAAGUAUGAGAAUCGUAGUGAUGUGAUCCUCACAGAAGAAGGUUCUCUUGUUCUGAUGAAGGUUAACUUUUCACAAGCAGGGAGAUACAAGUGCUACCUGGCUGGAAAGGUUGGACACAGAAAUAAUGAUUCAUAUGUCAUGCUGAAUGUGACAGAGAGUGUUACUGAAACAACAGCAACAACAACAACAACAACAACCGUAGAUGUCACCAACGGGGUCACCAACUCGUCAGAAGUGGUUUUGCUGGUGGACGUGACCGCCUUGUCCGUUCUGGCUGGAUUCUUCAGUCUAAGUCUGAGCAAAGUUAUACUCUGUUUUGCAUGUGUGUGGGGCAUGGCAACAUAUAAGACACACCAAAGAAGAAAAUUAUGGAGCUAAGCAAGUGAGAGCAACGAAUUCCUUGGCCAGAGCGAAAUGUAUUAAUGGUUUCUUUUAAAUAGAAGACAGGAAAUGGAAUAUGGACUGAAAAAUGUUCCAGUGAUAAAAAGAAACCAAAGUCGAGCUCAGAUGGACCAAUAUCAAAGUCAGGUCAGGCUGAAUAAAUACUAGACAUGCACUAUCAUCUGUAGUUUGUUUGUUUGCUGAGGAAAUUAUGUAUAAGAUGUAUAGUUAGGUACUAACUGUAUUCUUGUAAGACUUAAGGAUAUUAUAGCCUAUGGUGCAGGGUUCCCAAACCUUUUUUGUACCAUGGUCAGGUUUAAUACCGAACAAUUUUGCAGCGGCCCGGUGGGUAGGGAUGUGUGGGUUUGUGAUUGAUAGGGGAGAGCUCUAGAGACAUUUGUUUUUGGGUCAUUUUAGCGUGGGUUAGAUUGCGGACUUGUCAGAGGAAGUCAGACAGGAGUCUUCUUGGACAAUGAUGUUUGCAGAUGACAUUGUGAUCUGUAGUGAGAGCAGGGAGCAGGUGGAGGAAAACCUGGAGAGGUGGAGGUUUGCGCUGGAGAGAAGAGGAAAGAAAAUCAGUCAUAGUAAGACUGAGUACAUGUGUGUGAAUGAAAGGGAGGGAAGUGGAACAGGGUGAAGUGAUGAAGAAGGUACAGGAGUUUUACAUAGGGUCAACAGUCCAGAGUAAUGGAGAGUGUGGGAAAGAGGUAAAGAAGCGAGUGCAGGCAGGUUGGAAUGGGUGAAGAAAGGUGUCGGGAGUUCUGUGUGAAAAAUAUCAGCGAGAAUCAAGGGGAAGGUGUACAAGACAGUGUUGAGACCGGCCAUGCUGUAUGGUUUAGAGGCAGUGUCACUGAGGAAGAGACAGGAGUCAGAGCUGGAGGUAGCAGAGCUCAAGAUGUUGAGGUUCUUUGGUAGUAACAAGGUUGUACGGGAUUAGGAACGAGUACAUCAGAGGGACAACUCAUGUUAGACACUUGAGGGACAAGGUUAGGGAGGCCAGAUUAAGAUGGUUUGGAUGAGGAGGGAGAGUGAGUAUAUUGGAAGGCCACAGAGGAGGUAUAUGGAUGUAAUAGAUGAGGAUAUGAAGCUAGUGGGUGCAAGUGUUGAGGAUGAAGAAGAUAGGGAUAGGUGGAGAGAGAUGAUUUGCUGUGGCCACCCCUGAAGAGAAAAGCCGAAAGAAGAAGAAGAGCUUGCAGACUUAUGACAAGUUCACACUGUGCGAUUUUCAAAGUGGUCGGAUCACUGUUGUUUUCACACUGCACAACUAUCUGGGGGAGCAUUCAGUCACUGCUGUGUUCACACUGCACAAUGGAUCAGCGACAGGAGGUUAAACACUGCAUGACUUCAUAAUAGGAAGAAUCGACAACAACCCUGUCUGGUUCACACACUGCAUUUCACAACCGAACCUACUUGAGAAAUAAUAAAGAAAUAACGCUAGAUAACCCGUGAGAUCAGAGUUCAUAUAUAUAUAUAUAUAUAUAUAUAUAUAUAUAUAUAUAUAUAUAUAUAUAUAUAUAUAUAUUAAGGUGUCCCCAGGUCUAUUUUAAUGUCAUUAAGGUGCACCCAGGUCUAUUUUGGUGCCCUUAAGGUGUCUCCAGGUCUGUUUCUGGGUGCUCAAGAUGUCCCCAGGUCUAUUUUGGUGUCCUUAAGGUGUUUAUUGUUUCUUUGCAGCCCGGUACCAAAUGAUCCACAGCCCAGUACUGGUCUGUGGCCCGGUGGUUGGGGACCCCUGCUAUUGUGCAUGUAGGCUGUAAUGUAACGUAACCUAAUAAUUGUAUAACAAUAGAAUUUUACUUUUUCAAGUUUUCAAGUGUGUGUGCGUGUGUGUGUGUGUGUGUGUGUGUGUAUUUCAAGUGAAAAUGUUGUUUUUAUGUCUAGAUAUGCAGCUACUUAUUUAUGCAAUAAAGAAAUUUGUAUCAUCAUAAGUAAAAGUUAAUAAAUCAUCUGAUUUUGUAAUGAAAAAAAAAAAACCUCACUGGAUGUGAAUUAUUUUAUUAAACUAAAAAAAAGUGUACUAGCUGUAUCCACUAGCAACUGUCUUUAUGUUCCAGUUUGCCUCCACGUUCAGUAGCUCUCAACACAUUCUAUUAAUCUAUCUGCUUGACAGAGUUACAGAACUGCUUGGGGGUUAAGUUCCUGUUUUGAAGUUUUGAGUUUUCAGCCAAAUGCCAAUACAUUGGCAUAAGUUUCGUUAUAAAUUAGCUGGGCUGAUGUUGAUGGUUAUCAAACUGCAAAAUGUUCCAGACAGACCAAAGAACAAAGAAGACGCUCAAAAUCCCUACCCUGCUUAGUCACAGCAAUGGUUACAUUACAAAAAAAGAAAAGAAAAAUAAAGGAAAUAUGCAUAAUGGUGUAAUGGCUAGUUCCAACUUGUGCAUUUAUUUCAUACACCAAGGUAGGUGCAGUUCAGUUCAGAUAGAUGAGGUGGAAUGGGUAAUAUUAAGUGCGGGUAUACAAGACAGUUCAACCUUUUAGAGUGAAAAUACAAAAAUAAUGCUCAUAUAACACAGAUAUUCUGUGUGUGUGCGUGUGUGUAUGUGUAUAUAUACUGCCCUGACCCAUCGAGGCAUGGACUUCACAAGACCUCUGAGCUGUGGUAACUGGAACAGAGUCUUCAAGUCCUUUAAGUUGUGAGGGAGGCCUCCUUUACUCAGACUCCUUUAGCAAGCACAUACCAGACAUGCUUGAUUGAAUUGAGAUUUGGGGAAUUUUUUAAACCAAGUCAACCACUUAAACUUUUUGUCAUGUUCCUCAAACCAUUGCUGAACAAUGUUUCUAGUGUGACAUGGCGCAUUAUCCUGCUCAAAGAAGCUGUUAGUUAAAUACUGUUACCCUGAAAGGGAGUACUUGAUCUGCAGCAGUGUUUAGCUAUGUGGUUUAGCUAUGUCAAAUUAACAUCCACAUGAAUGCCAGAAGGUUCCCAGCAGAACAUCACUCAGAGCAUCACACUGCCCCUGCUGGCUUGCCUUCGUCCCUAAGUGCAUCAUGGUACAAUCUCUUCCCCAGGUGAGUGAUGCACACGCACCCGUGUUAUAAAAGAAAACAGACCAGACCACCUUCCUUCAUUGCUCCAUGGUCUAAUUCCUCAUUGUAGGUGCUUUCAGUGGUGGAUGGGGUCAGCAUGGGCACUCUGACUAGUCUGCGCCUGCACAGCCCCAUAUGCAGCAAACACAUUUCUGUCCUAGCCAGCAUGCAAGCAUCUGCAAUUUGUGCUACAGUAGCUCUUCUGUAGGAUCAAAUCAGACAGGCUAACUCCCAACAGCGUUCAGUAGGCCUUGGGCACAUGUAGCCCUGUUGCCGGUUCACCAGUUGCCCUUUCUUGGGCAUAUGGAAUAAAUAAUUUCUUCCUUCCCCUUGAAGCCAUGAUGAGAAAUUUCUUCUUGUUUGGCGCAUAUUGCAUGGAAAUAGAUGAUGUCUGUGUUUUUAUCUGCUCAAGAGAAUUUAUUAUGAGGGACGGAUAAACUUAUGUCGUGACUAU